AUGGAAGACCCUCUCGAUGAGAGGAAAAUCAUGCCAGGUUUUGCAAACUUAGCCAACUCCCCAGACUUAGUGAAGUCAUGGAUCUUGGAGGAGAACCGACAACAGCUGCUUUACCAAACCGGCAUCAUCCUAGCUACGUUCUCAAUAUUUAUUCUCAUACCCAUAGGGGGCCUGCUCCCCAGGCUCAGCCGCAGAAGGCGCGGAGGUCCGGGGGCAAGGCAGGGUCGAUUUUAUCGGAACUCCCAGGCUGGGGAUCUGCGUGCAAGAGCCGCAGCGUUAUGGAGGAUCCCGGCUGGUCCCCUGCAAAAAGCUGGGCGUAGGACCUCGGCGGCGGGGUCCCUGGCGCGCGCACAGGCACGCAGACACAGCACGAGCACAGAUCUACAGUACCCCCCAUUGGGCGCGCGCAUAUUCACACACUCACGCUCACACUCACUCCCACACGCCCUGGCCCGGACCGCCAGCCCGUGCUCCCCCGCCCGCCGCGCUCCAGGGCGGAGUUUCCUCCUCUGCUUAUUGUUCGCGGCCCAGCGGCCCGCCCAGCCGCCGCCCCGCCCGACCCCGCCGCCGCUGUGGGCGAGCUCCUGGGGGAGGGGGCGGAGGCCAGCGCGGACGGGACGGGGCGGGAGGCGUCGCAGCAGCGCGCGCUGGGCCGCAGCCGCUCAGACACCGCCCGGGCCGCAACCACCUUCGCUCCUCGCUGCUGCCUCCGCGCCCCAGCCCGGUUCUGCGGCAGGCAGGAGGGGCCGCCGGAACGCGACUCCGGAGUUCGCGGCUGUCGCCAGGCCUCCCCCGAGCGGCGCCGACGCUCCGGCCGCCCAGACAAGCGACCCUGCGCCAGAGCCGCAGCCACCUGCUCCGAGUCCCCGGGCGAGGAUAACCAUGGGCCCCGCUCUGGCGCUCUCCCCGCUGCUGCUGCUGCUGCUGUUGCUGCUGCCGCCGCCGUCGCUCUCCGUGAAUAGUACAAUGGCGCCUGGCUCGUCUCCUACAAUCACACAUGCAGUUGCUAAUACAAGUCUGAGCAGGCAAGACCCUCCGGCAGCAGACCCUCCGGCAGCACCGGCUAGCACAGCAUCGACAAAAUCCGUAACUGGUGGCCCAGGGACAGCCACACUCUCUUCAACCCAGACAAACACUGCUCCAUCAUCCAAAGGAGUAACAGUCCCAGACUCAUCUCCAACUACUACUACAAUGCAAAAUACUACUGCAUUGUCCCCGGGCCCCACCGACAGUCAGGGUGGUGGCAGCGGUACUACUGUGGCAGCCACCAGUAGUAGCCCCCAGCAGGACAAGAUGGACACAGUAACACCUCCCAGUAGCAGUGGCCGCCCUGGUAGCAGUGGCCCACCAGGCUCCUCUGGAGGCAGGAGCAGUGACAAUGCUACCACAGCCUCAUCAGCCCCUCAGGGGAGGGACCAGCCGACCACGGCAUCCUCCUUCCCGACUCCCGUCCCCUUAACUACCUCAGAGCGUCCUCCUGCUCCUGCCUCCACAACAGACAGCGCAGCCAGCCCUGGCCAGCCUAUGGCUACUCCUUCACAAAACACAGACAGCCAUUUUGCCGGGGUUCCCAGCAGUCCCGGCCCCGUGGCCAGCUCUGACUUCCCCGUGACCCCAGGGAGACCUACCACACACACACCGCUGGACCCCUCCAAAGAGACUCCUCCCCCCGUCACCAGCCAGAGGCCAGGCAUCUCUACACUGCCUUUAUCCACACCGCUACAGCCUACAGGGUCUCCGGGGGGCACUGCGAUCGUGCCUGCCACUGAGGAAUUCACACGUUCCAGCUCUAAUCUGACUCCAGCAGCCCCUCAGGGCCCCAGCACACCCUCUCCUACCUGGACUUUCAGGGAUUACAAGCUGAAGUGUGACUCUCCCGUAAGGCUAGACGAAGGACUGCUAGUUCUGAAUUUCACAGGAGCCAGCCUAUGUGAAGGGAGCCCUCCGGAUGAAAAACUCGUGGAACUGCUGUGCCGUUCAGUCAAAGCCUCCUUCAAGCCCGCUCAAGACGAGUGCACGCUACAGGUGGCACCUAUUAUAAACGACCAGGGCGUGGCAGUGAAAAAAGUCAUCAUUGAGACUAAGCUGUCUCCUAAAGACGUGUUUGAGCUCCUGAAGGACAAGUGGGAUGACCUGAGAGAGGCGGGAGUCAGUCACAUGAUGCUGGGGAAGGAAGGACCACCAGAAGCCAACGAGGACCGCUUCAGCCUGCCACUCAUUAUCACCAUCGUCUGCAUGGCCUCCUUCCUGCUCCUCGUCGCUGCUCUCUAUGGCUGCUGUCACCAGCGCAUCUCCCAGAGGAAGGACCAGCAACGACUCACAGAGGAGCUGCAGACAGUAGAGAAUGGUUACCAUGACAACCCAACCUUGGAAGUGAUGGAGACCCCUUCAGAGAUGCAGGAGAAGAAGGUGGUCAACCUUAAUGGGGAACUGGGGGACAGCUGGAUCGUCCCUCUGGACAACCUGACCAAGGAUGACCUAGAUGAGGAGGAAGACACACACCUCUGAUGGGUCUGCUGGCCCCCCAACAGCACUGCCGAGCUCCGAACCACCCGAAGUGCCAUUGGGACGGGGAAGCUUCCCACGGGAAGAGGGAAAGACUAAAACUGGGGAGGGAGCACGGACUCUGAGGGUUGCCUCCUCCCCAUCCCCACAGGGCCUUAAUUUUCCCUUUCAAAAGUCACAUUCUGUCCAGUUUCCUCGUGUAAAAUAAUCCACUUGUGCCUGAGCCCAGAGCCGCUGGAAGGCGAGAGGAAGAUGGAGAAAGCCAUGUUAGGGGCUGUGGAGAGCCUCUACUUGUGGCAUCCUCUCAUCUCUUAAGUGAGAUGACAGAGACCUGAAGAGGUCAGGUGACUUGCACAGGGUCACACAGCCAUUUGGUGUCCAAAAUGGUUUCUCUCAGUCUGGUGCUUAACUGCACCAUGCCACACCACUGUGUUCCUUUGUGCCCCUCCCCAAGCCUGUUCUGGGCAGCAGGGAUACUCGCAGGUGGGCGGGCUGGAAAGAAAAACAGGCCCCUGUGGUCUCAAGGACAGGUCCCACGUUUCCAUCCCCUAUGAUAUGGCCUCUGCUAGCCUGUAUCCCACCUCUCAUGAUUUAGUCUUUGGUCCCACUCUUUCCCAGAGCACGACUUUGAACGUCCUGUUCUCGAUUCUGAUUUCCUUGCCUUUGCUUAGUGGGGUUGGGACUUAACCCACGUGGGCCUCACUAUCCAAUGGGGGUCUGCCUAAGGGCUGGGUAGGCAGGCAGAGAGAAAGGGAGCUCAUACCCACAUGGCUUCCUCACGGCAGCUGAUUCUGUAACUGGCACUGGCCAUCACCCAAAGGCACUCCUAGAAGACACUCCCUGAAAUGUCCUCUGGCCUUCUGUUCCACUAGGAGCAAAGCUACAGUAGCUGCUAACAGUGACAUGUUCCCUUUCUGUUGAUCACUGCUCCACUGAGGGCGUGACUGCUCGAAACCCAGUGUCUUAGAGCAGUUGUCUAGGGACAGACAUGUCCUGGGACCCUGAGUGGUCCCUGAUUGGCAAAUGUGUCUCAGCAGACAAUCGAAGCUCGGGGGCUUUUCAGGUUACUGAGAAGUGUGUUGUGUUGUGUUGUGUGGUGUGGUGUGUUCCUUUAGUCCAGCUCCCCACUACCAAAGGCCAAAGCUCAGACGCUGGAGACGCUAUUAGCGUAUUUCACUUGUUCUUACCCGCCUUUGCCAUGAAGAAAGUCAGGCCCAGAAUAGGCAGAACGUGCAGAAGGUGCCUCUGCCCACUCGCCCAGCACGGAGCCAGGCUUUUGUUUCCCGUGUUCUUGGUGGCACCCCAGCUGUCCCCUUCUGGUGGCAUCUCAGGGAAACGCAAAGCUAGCUAUGCCGAGUACCUACCACAGGAUUUUUAGACGCAGCAGUCAACCGCCGGGGUAGAAGACUGCUGAGGGCCGGGAACAGUGAGGUUUUAUCUGGUUUUCUGAGAAGGGGGGGCCUAUGGAGAGCUUUGAACUUGGACUGUUUUGUUCUUGGGCAUAAAUUCUCAUGACCACUCUGCUCUGGAGUAGCUUGUUUUUAAAAGGGAGCCAGGGGAGGACAGGUGUCCUCUGCCUAAUUCCAUCUUCACAGCCAUCCCCCUGUGAUAUUCCUUAGGGAGAAGAGGCUGCCAGAAGUCAAGGCAGGCGCUCUGAGUCCCACAGGAGCUGGAAAGAUGCUAACGAGGAGCAACGGCCCUUUGGCCUCCUCCUCCUCUCAGACGGCAAGGACGGGUGGAGAGCAGAGUCAGGGGAAUUAGGUCUGUUUGCUUCCUGCAUUAGACUCUGUCACCAGUGGGCCAUCCUGGCAUGGCCUGUGUGUGAGAGGCUACUUCAGGGUCACAGCCACUGGGGCAAGGCCAUCCGACAGAGAGCACAUUCUAUUUCUGCAAAAUGGUCACAGAUUGCAACCCCACACCUCUCAGAGAUGACUGCAAGAUUAGACAAAAGGAUUCUGGGCGGAGGAAUCACCAUGGCUCUGUCCAGGGUAGCCUGUGGAAGUUUUGGCCAGGCUGGUCCAGAGUGCCGCCUUGUGUGCCCACACUGUGCUGCCUGUUUAUACGGCUGGAGAAUCUGGUCUCUGGCCUCAGCUUGUUCUUACUGCUGGGACAUCUGUUCAACAGGACACACUGCUAGCAUCUAUAAAGUCCUCUUCCUUCGUUUGCACUGGGUUUUUAGAGCUGUCUGUUAAUUCAGAAUCUCUGGCCAAGAAAAGGAACAGGAAGGGUUCUCAGCAAGACUUUAAAACCAGCUGUACCAAAGAGAAAUGAAGUGACUCUUCACUUCAGUGCAGAUGGUUUCCAGCUGCACCCGGAGGGCCUGAUGAUUCUGACUCAGCAAACCAGGGGCUACCAUGCAUGAGUGGGAGAGAACCAGCGAGGCAGUCUCACCAGGGCAGGAUCCAGGCUUAUCUGGGGGACUCAGGCUUUCAACUUUUCUCAAUAAAGAAAGCUAGCAGGCAUUUUGAGCUUUAUCAUUUUUUGCCCCCCUUUUGGACAAUAUACUGUUGAAACUUUGAAGAAUAAGUUGAAGUUGACAAGAUAUAUGCAUAUUUUUGACAUUGUAAAUACAAGGGCCACACGGUUGUUUACCCUGUACUUUCAGAGAGUAAAUUCUGAGAAAAUAUUUGAUAGCUAAGAGAUAGCUAAGCCUUUUCUCUCAACAAGAAUGUAAGUAUCUAUUUAGUAGAAAUGACUUUUAAAAUGAAAAAAUGUAACAGGCUGGUAACAAAAGUAUUAAGCGUGUAGAUAGGGCAUUUUAAAAUUUAAAAUAUGGCCCUUGCUCCUCCCCAGGCAAGUCUUAAUCCUACUGCAGUAUGGGCUGGAGUUCAGAAUGUGCUUAAUGGGCUUAUGGUCACAGGGAAAAGAUUUGGAAGACAGAGUUCAAUUUUUCUACAGGAAAACAUCCCAAGCCACAAAGGAAGUGAAUGGGCCAAAAAAACCCAGGGACAGAGACAAGAUUGAAACAUUUGUCCCAGACUUGCCACCCUGUGUUGUGCACUUUUCAAAAACGGAAUUAGGGACUGCAACUCACAGGUACAAAGUCAACCCAGGACACCACCAACCCUUUCCCACAAUUACCCUAGCAAUGUUGCGGAUGACAAAGGCACACAGCCAUGCUGCAGGGCUCUGGAAUCAUUUGGGUCCAAGAUGUAAAUAAUAUGGCUUUUGGGGUCUGGUUUUUCCUCCCUAACAAGAAACAAUUUAGGACAAGGAUCAAAGGGAAUACUCUCAAGCAAGGCAGAGCAGGGAGACCCUCUAGUGACACUUCACUGUCACCCGCUCAUUCCCUCAGGUCUGCUGGGAACCCAACACUGAGGAGGGAUCACUGUUCCAUGAGGCCUUUCUGUUUCUUAGUGAAUGUCAACCAGCUUGCCCAGGAGACUGGGGGAGCAUGUGUUUUAGUGGACAGGGGUCUGAAGUACACUGGAAUUUAUUGAGAAACUUGUUUGUAAAGACUAUAGUUAACUAUUGCAUUUUCUUAGAAAAUAUAUUUUGGAAAAUUGUACACUGUCAAUUAAAAUGCUUUUGUGUAAGCUGG